GUUCCUUAUAAGGCUAAGUACAUCCAUUUUCUGCCAUGCCAGAUUUGAUCGUUAAAUUAGGGACAUUAACGUUAUAGUAGGUCAUAUAACCGAUAAUUCAGUUGUAUAAAUAUGAGAGGAGAUUGAUUAGAGAGAGUACUAUACUGAUGAUGAAGAAAAGGUAGACUGUGGUGAGGGAGAGGACAACAUCCUGGACCUCACAUCCUGGCUCUCUCACAAUCAUCAUGGAAGUCAUUGAAACAGUCGACAGUGGAGAAGAUGGUAGUACAAGCACCAAAAGAAUACGCUUACUGGUGACACCUGACACUGAAGCCUCAAACAAAGUGAACAAAGCAAACAUAGGUGGUAGCAGUGAGCAGACUACUAGUGUGUUCCUGUACAGCUGUGAAGGCCAUCUGGUUCCUGCUGAAAUCGUUAUGGACAGCAUGAAUGAAAACAUUAUUGCUGUUCCACUGGAUAGUGGUGUUGUUAAAAGUGAUAAACCAGUUACACCAGUAAAUGUUGCCACUCCUCUGAAAGUGUUGGAAACUCCUGGCAAUAGUCCUAAGAAACAGAAGAGCGGACCUGUCAUCACUGUCCGUCAAGUGAGAACUCGACCUCCUCACAGUGAUACAAACCUCAGUAAACUUUUGCCACACAUCAUACAAUCUAAGUCCAAACAGGUUAAUUCUAUAUCUGGGCCUAAAAAUAUGUCAUCUGAUGCACUGACUAAAUUACAGACAAAAUCUGGCGGGGUGAGCACAAAAAUCCUCAUUUCAACAGACAUACAAACUAAAUCUCAGUCAACAUUUAGUUCCUCUCAAAAAACAGUAUUGCAAACCGAGAUGCAAGUAAAAUCUCAGGUGACCAAUUUCCAGGAAGAAAGAAUGCCGCUUCUUACUGACGUCACGGACAAGACCGCUGCUCAGAGUGGCAGCAGUGGCCACGGCUCUCAGACAGUGAUGAUGCGAGUCAACAGUCUUGGGGAGUUGGAGCUCGACCCAUUGUUUCUCAAUACUGAGACCUUAAGUGAAUCAGAGACCGAAGAAGUACGACUAACAGCAUCCACAGACUUAACUCAUGACCAUCUUGCUACCAGUGUCCUGAGUGGUGUGAACAAGACAGAAGGCUUAAAUGUUGAGGAGGUCCAAGUAGACUUACAGACAUCUUCAGCAUCUCAGGUGGAGACUGGAAAUGCAAAUGUGAACCAAAGCUGGUUCACAUCCCGGGAAGAUAAGGAGAUGUUGCGAUGGCGUGGUCAUGCUUGGCGUCAAGGUAUGUGGUCGAGAGAGGAGACAGAGCUCUUAAAGCACAAUAUUGAACAGUAUUGUGCCCAAAGAGGUGUGUCUGAUCCAGGAUCCGUCAUAUUCAAGAUGUCAAAGGAGGAGCGAAGUGGUUUCUACCGGGUUGUUGCUCGGGGUUUGAACAGACCUCUCUUCUCAGUGUACAGAAGAAUUAUUAGAAUAUAUGAUUACCACAACCACAUUGGCAAAUAUUCCUCUGAGGAGGUUAACAAGCUGCGUGAACUGCGAGUGAAACACGGUAAAAACUGGCAGGCUAUUGCAGCCCAUCUCGGCCGGUCAGCUGCUUCUGUAAAAGAUCGUUGUCGUCUUUUGAAUGAAAACUGCAAUAGAGGUGCCUGGUCAACAGAUGAGGAAGAUCGCCUUGCAGCAGCUGUUUAUGACAUGGCUCAUGUGCUGCCAGGAGAACAGGUAACAAGUGGAAUCUCAUGGGGUGAGGUGUCUGACAGAGUGAGGACACGGUCAGAAAAACAGUGUCGCACCAAGUGGCUUAAUUUCCUCAACUGGAAACGCACAUCUGGGGUAGAAUGGAGCAAAGCGGAUGAUGUACAGCUCAUUUGCAGGUAACAAAGUAAUACAGUAGU